GUUUUUUUUUAACCUUUAAUGCUAAUGCCAAUCAAGGUACAUUGAAAUAAGAAGGUCCUAUGGGGAAGCAAUGGAGGAACUCAUGGGACCUGAUGGACAAAAAUGGGCCAAUAUGGAUCCAGAAGAACUAAUGUUGGCAGCUGCUACAACAUUUUCCCAUAUCUGUGCAGGGGAGGGUAAAGGAGAUGUCAGGAGAGAAGCCCAAUCUAUCCAGUAUGAUCCCUACAGUAAAGCUUCAGUAACCCCAGGGAAGCAACCUGCUCUUCCUGUGCAACUGCAGUAUCCACAUGUAAAAAGUAAUGUCACUUCAGAAAUAGUCUCAGAGGCUUCCCAAAGAUUCCGAAAGCCAGUGAUGAAGAGAAAGGUGCUGCGUAGAAAGCCAGGUGGGGAAGUAUUAGUGACAGAUGAGUCCAUUGUUAGUGAAUCAGAAUCUGGUACAGAAAGUGAUCCGGAUCUCUGGGACCUAAGACAAAGGCUGAUGAAUCUGCAGUUCCAAGAAGACAAGGAAUCCCCAGUUGAUAGUUCACAAAGAUUUAGUCUACCACGUGAAUACCAAGGAAUUUCUCAAGAUCAGCUCAUUCGCUAUUUACGAAGAGAAGGAACGGGCCCUCCAGCUUAUGAACAGGACCUGAUGGUUGCCAGCAGACCCAAGUCCUUUAUUCUCCCAAGGCUGGACCAGUUAAGUCGAAACCGGGGCAAGGUAGACCGGGUAGCCCGAUAUUUUGAGUAUAAACGGGAUUGGGACUCAAUGCGGUUACCUGGUGAAGAUCAUAGGAAGGAACUACGUUGGGGUGUCCGAGAGCAGAUGCUUUGUCGACCAGAACCCCAAUCCAAACCUCAGCAUGUAUAUGUUCCAAACAAUUACCUAGUACCAACUGAGAAGAAAAGAUCUGCACUCCGUUGGGAUGUUCGUUGUGACCUUGCAAAUGGUGUCAUGCCCAGCAAACUUCCCUUCCCUCUUUCACCUUCUUAAAUCUUUUUCUCCCCCUCUUUCCAGGACUGUUUGGGAUAACUUGAUUCUUUUUAUCUCUUCUUCUGAAUCGAAAAAACUGACUUGACAAGCCCAUGGAACAUUAUAAAGACUUCACUCACCCAUCAUUGGUCUUUCCUAGCUAUGUAUCACAUUGGCAUCAGAUACCACUUUACUCCCAAAUUACCACUCAAAUCGAGCAAUAGUGAGAGAAAUCAUGGCAGAGAGAGACCAGGCUGGUCUUUCUAUUUUGUCCAAUUAGUAAGCUCUAUUUCUAUUUUAUCUUUGACCAAAAUAUGAGUUGCUGUGUUUUUAAAGUUGCUGGGCAUUAAGCUUAUCAAUUAAAGAAUUUUGGAAAUU